AUGGCUGCUCUGUCGAGGAAGGCUGAAACACAGGCAGACACACUGGCGGCGUAUGCUGCUGCAGACGUCGCUGCUGUGUCGGGAGUGGCUGGAAAAGAGGCGGCCACACUACUGGCCCGUGCUGCUCAAGUAAUCGCUGACGCCGGUGCUCUGACGAGGAAGGCCGCAUCAGAUGUGGCCACACUAGCAGCCUGUGCUGCUCCAAACGUCGCUGCUCUGUCGAGGAAUUCUGAAACAGAGGCGGCCAUACCCAGCCCUCCUGCUGCUCCAGACCUCGCUGCUCUGUCGAGGAAGGUUGGAACAGAUGCGGCCACACCGACAGUCUGUGCUGCUACAGACAUAGCCAUUGUGUCGAGUAAGGCUGGAACAGAGGCCGCAGCACUGGCGGCCCGUUCUGCUCCAUACGUUGGUGCUCUGUUGAGGUAG